AUGCCGAUGAAGGAGCAGACUCGGAUUGGUAGUAGUAUCGCAAAGGCCUCACGCCUCACUGAGCUGGCUGCUGUUGAUACCCGCGGUGGGUUUGUGUAUGUGAACGCCAACUUCCCUGGUUGUGUGCACGAUGCUAGCAUCUACGCCUGUCCCCAGGUGAAAAGUGCUCAAGAAGGAGGAGCAGUGCUUAGAUAUUGUCUUGGAGACUGUGGAUUUGCUAAUGGAAACGAUAUCAUCACGCUCAUUAAACAUCGUCCAGGCAUGAAGCGUCCUAUAACAGACAGCAUGAGAAGGUGCGAGUUUGUCGUAGAUGUUACUUCGAGAGGUGGAAGCAAAGUUCGUCAUAUUGAAGGAUAA